CCCUCCUCGGUUACUUAUUAUCGCCGCUCUCUACGCAACCAUUUCAGAGUAGACCAGGGCAGCCAGCACGGAGACACAAGCCGCGCGUCCGACUCGGCGACACGGAGGAUGUACACUAGUUGAGGUCCGCGGAAACCCUUUUGGAAACAGUGGAUUAUUAAAAAGAAGUGUUUCGAGUCCCCAAACUUUUCGUCCAGGAUGAAAGCGUGAGCUGGUUCACAGCUGCUUCCAGAACACCACCAGACAGACCCACCCCUCCACACACCCUCAGCCCAUCAUGACGUCCACAGAGGAGCCGUCCGGCACGGUCCUCCACCGGCUGAUCCAGGAGCAGCUCCGCUACGGCAACCCCACAGACACACGCACCUUACUGGCCAUCCAGCAGCAGGCUCUGCGCGGAGGCAGCGGCGGCGGCGGCGGCGGAAGCGCGCCCGGCAGCCGGCCCAGCAGCGGGGGGGACGCGGCCCGGAGCCCGCGCUCCUCCCUGGAGAGCCUGACCCAGGAGGACGGCGGUGGCGGCGGCGGCGGCGGCGGGCAGUACCCCCAGCUCUCCGCCCGGCAGGAGCCCCAGGGCCAGGAGCACCAGGGGGACUACCCGCACUCGGAGAGCAGCUACACGCUGUACCAGCUGCACGGCGAGGAGCUGCCCACCUACGAGCAGGCCAAGGCCCAGUCGCAGUACCUGGCCGCGCACCACUGGGCCCCGGCCGCCCAGCUGGCGGUGGCGGGCCCCCUGAAGGAGCUCCACGAGGGGGCCUACCUGCGCGAGGGGGACUUCCGCGCCGAGGCGGACCCGGCGGAGCUGAAGAGGGGCCACGCGCGGUCGCUGAGCGAGCGCCGCAUGCAGAUGAACCUGGCGAGGAGCCACGCCGAGGCCAAGGCGGACGCCAUGAAGAGCUCCUCCCACAGCUACCCGGAGCUGUUCUACUACCACCAGCCCCAGGCGGCCCCCCAGCCGGGCGCCGGGCACGGCCAGGACCAGCGCAGCCCGCCCCCCGAGUACUGUGCCCCCCCGCAACAGCCCCAAGGAUUUGUACCCCUGGAGCAAGAGCCCAUGCACAGGUAUGGCCAGAACUGUCCGCAGCGCGAUAUGCUGUGCUACAACACACUGCCCCCUGCUGGCCUGGAGGAGCCCAGCCAGGUAGAGCUGCUGCUGAUGGAGAACGAUAGGCUGAGGCAGGAGCUGGAGAGCCACCGGGAGAAGUCCGGCCGCAUCCACAAGUUGGAGCAGGAGAUCCAGCGUAUAUCGGAGGCCUACGAGACCCUGAUCCAGGGCAGCGGCAAGCGGGAGACCCUGGAGCAGACCCUCAGGAAGAGGCUGGUGGCCGAGAUCCGGAGGCUGCAGGACUUCAACCGGGACCUGCGAGAAAACUUGGAGAAUGCUCGAACGCACGUCGCUAAGGAAGUGGAGGCCGCGGACCACAACCAGCACAUCAUGGCCAAACUCCUCGAGCAGAACGAAGAGCAGAACUUUGAGCGGGAGCGCGUGGAACGCGAGCUGCAGCGGCUCCGGGCGGCGGCCGAGGAGCAGAGCGUGCGCUCGGAGCGGGUGGAGCAGGCGCUGGAGGCGUCGCGCGGGCGUGGCCACCAGCUGGAGGAGGAGCUGAGGAAGAAGAGGGCGUACGUGGAGAAGGUGGAGCGCCUGCAGGGCGCCCUGGCCCAGCUGCAGGCCACCUGCGAGAAGCGGGAGAACCUGGAGAUGAGGCUGAGGACGCGGCUGGAGCAGGAGCUCCGGAGCCUGAGGGCCCAGCAGAGGCAGUCCCAGCCCCCCGGUGUGACGGUGGGAUCGCUGCACGAGCGGCUGCGGGAGCGCGAGGAGCGUGUGCUGGCCCUGGAGGCCGACACGGUCCGCUGGGAGCAGAAGUACCUGGAGGAGAGCACCAUGAGGCAGUUCGCCAUGGAGGUGGCCGCCACCGCCGCCGCCCAGAGAGACACCACCAUCAUCAACCAUUCUCCCUGCCACUCCUCCAACAACAGCUUCAACGAGGACCUCCCAGCCACCGACUUCCGGAACCAGGAGAUGGAGAACAGGAUCCGAGCUCUGUACGCUGAGAUCCUGGAGAAAGACGCGGUGAUCAAGAUCUUCCGUCAACGGCUGCAUCAGGACCAGGGCAGGAAGGACGGGCCGUGCCCGCGAUACGGUCUCCCCAAGGGGGGCGGGUUGGGGGCACCUCUGAGACCCGCCUCCUCCACGCCUGCUAUAAGCAUCGCUACGUGUACGUCCAAGAGCAGAGGUAAAAGUCUAUCGGACGACCAGACCUCGUCUCCCCGGCUGUUCUCUGCACAAUCUGAACCUGGUUCGUUGUCUCUCCACGAGGAGGGGGUCAAACCCAGCCUUCCCCUGGCUGACAGUCGGCUCCACAGUGACAAUGACGUGCCAAAUAAGUUGCCAUUAAACCCGUUCAGGGGAUUGGAAGAAUUGGAUUCGGAGGCGGUGGAAAUCUUUAUUUAAAGACUGAAUGUGGACGACAAAGACAAAGACAAAGAAAGAAGACGAAGCCUACGAAACACUUCAGACACUAUGCGGAGCACAAGUUGAUUUCAUUGAUUAUUGUCGUUGUUGGGGCACAAACGGAGGUUGUUUAAGACAGUAAUGGCAUAAUGAAAACAAGCCGAGGGGUCAAUGAAUGAUAGAAUGGAUGGUUUCACAUGCAGGGGACAUAGCUGUGCUGUGUCUCUGACUCUCUCUCCCCCAGGCGGGCUGCUGCAGGCCGGCUGUCCGGCCACGGGGAGCUGAAAUGUGAAUUGUUUGAGGUACUCAAGACAGUAUUGUGGAUUGUAAUAGGGGAAAAUGUUCUCAAGAGAGUGUAGGCCAAAAUAUUUAUAUAAUUGCUGCUUUUUCUAACCCCUCUCCCCCGUCCACGUUCCGCCCUCCUUUCUCAACCCAGGGAGUUUAGACGCUUCAUUUUAUUUAAUCUGGUUUCCACAUUCCCCAAAUAUUAUCUAGAGCCACUGGCUUUCUCAGAUGCGCCUUUUUUAAGACAAGGUUAUCUUUGUGGAUUCACGACCCGCAUUCUGUUACUCCCUAAAUGCAUGUGACUUAAGUUCAUUCCUGCCACUUUUGCGGUUCAGAAAAGAGAAACAAACAAAGAUGUCAUAAGCUAUUUAAACUCGCCAAACUCAAAACAAAGAUAUCAGAAACUGCGCUGCCUCGCCCGGGUCUUACGGUCUAGGCCGGCCAAAAUGCAGGCGUAGAAUAUUGGAAUGGUUGCGUUAAACAAGGACACAGAGGAAACAACUGUUUUGUUACAUACCUGGUGUCUUUUCAAACUCGGAGGCGCGAGGGAGGGAGGUGGUGGUCAGCGUGGGGCUGAACCAUCAUCUGUUCCCCUAACUUUAUUUGACUUUGUGUGUGCGUGUGUGGUUGUACGUGGUGUGUUUGUGUGCGAGCGCGUGUGUCUGAGUGUUCGAUCCCUGAUUCGGUGUACCUGCUGGUUCAGGCACCUUUCAGGGAUUAAAUCUGAAAACCAUACUGUUUGGGUUUUGUUUACUGUGAGCUUUGAACUAACAAACAGGACAAUUAAUAUCAUAUAUUUUAUACAGAUAUUUGUAUUAUUUUAGAUAUUAUAGUGCGAUGCCAAAGAGUUUAUGUUUGUUUUUUAAAUUAUGUGCAGACAAUCACGGUGAUGUCAAAUUGUACACCAACCCAAGCAAGUGUUGACUUCAAAACAUUCAAGACAUUUCUGUGAACUUAACAAUAAUAUGAAGGUUUUAAAAUGGAAUUCAUGCAUUUCAUUUCAAAAGAAAUAAAAUAUUCUAAUAUAUGAAAAAUUCA